AUGCUGCAGAUUGAAAAUUGUGCUUUAGUGGAAAUCAAUGUGCGCUGGCUGCGACGCCUGGCUGUGCUUUAUCCUACGGCAACUACCAAAUGGCGCAGAGUGGCCUUAAUUUUGCCCUUUAUUCUGCUGAGUCUGAUGCAGAUUACAUAUCUAUGCAAAGUGUGGGUCGAUUUGCCGCUAUUCAUAUUGAAUAUGUUUUUCGUCGUUGUAAUUUUUCAAUCAAUAUUGCGCACUGCACACUUAGUAAAUUACCAUGUGGAGUUUGAGGAGUUUCUGGCAGAGCUAGUGUCGCUGUUUAUGCCGCUAGAAUCAUCCGAUGACGAUUACAUCAGGCAGCUGCUGCAAGAGGCCGUUGACGAGGCGCUCUCAAACACAAAAUUUAAUUACAUGGCAGGUGUUGUGAACGUCACAGUUGCACUGCUGUUGCCAAUAGUGCGCAAUAUGCGCUCUCAUCCACUUGGCGUGGCCAUUCCCUUUGUCGACGUACUGAACCCUCCCGUGUUUGAGUUAUUAUACUUUAUGCAAGCCUUGAUGCCUGUUGUGCUUACUCUAAUGUAUAUGCCGUUUAUAUGUUUAUUUGUAUCCUUUGCGGUCUUUGGCAAGGCCAUGCUGCAAAUAGUGGCCUAUAAGCUGUCGCUGAUUGAGCAGUUGCCGGAAAAGGAACGCUACCCAUUGCUAAACUCUUGUAUCUACUAUCAUUCGAGAAUCGCACGCUAUGUCAAGCUUUUUGAGGCACUCUUCGCCAAUGUGGUGGGCAUUGAGGUGCUCAUUUUUGGUGGCAUUACUUGCGCAUUGCUAUUCGUCUUAAACAUGGUCACAUCCACAAUGCAAACCGUCUUUAUGAUAAGUUUUGCCUUGACCAUGCUCUACGAGCUCUUCAUCUACUACAAGUACGCCAACGAUGUUCUCAUUGAGAGCACUUUGCUAGCUCAGGCUGUUUACAAUAUUCCCUGGUACGAGUGCAAUAAGCGUUUUUGCCAAUCUUUGCUGCUCUUCUUGAUGCAAACACAAAACCCGUUGGCGAUUAAGGUGGGCAACAUAUAUCCCAUGACUUUGGCCAUGUUUCAAAGCCUGUUGAAUACAUAUUAUUCCUACUUUGCCAUGUUGCGUCGUGUAACCAACAAUUGA